GGGAAUGGCCCCUCCAUUCUCCCGAAGCGACUGGCUCGUUACCACUGAGAAGCGUGAUCAAGAGGAAGAGACGAGAGUUUUCCGACUAUGUUCCUGCGAGCGAUCGGACGGCCAUUAUUGGCCAAAGUGAAGCAAACGACGGGGAUCGUCGGUCUGGAUGUUGUUCCCAACGCCCGAGAGGUCUUGAUCGGCCUUUACAGUAAAACCCUAAAGGAGAUCCAGGCCGUUCCCGAGGACGAAGGAUACCGUAAGGCGGUUGAGAGCUUCACGCGGCACCGUUUGAAGGUAUGCCAGGAGGAAGAAGACUGGGAGAAUAUCGAGAAGCGGCUUGGCUGUGGUCAGGUCGAGGAGCUAAUCGAGGAGGCCCAGGACGAGCUCAAACUCAUUGCUAAAAUGAUCGAGUGGGAUCCCUGGGGUGUUCCUGAUGACUACGAAUGUGAAGUGAUCGAGAAUGAUGCUCCAGUACCGAAACACGUUCCCUUGCACCGACCAGGCCCUCUCCCUGAAGAGUUUUACAAGACGCUGGAGGCCAUUAGUGGUGAUAGUACUAGAAAAGUAGAGACAACCGAGAAAGCAUCUCAGGUGACAGAAUGACCUCAUUUUUAUCAUUUGAAGGAUUCGAGUUUCGGGAUUGAAAGCCGUUCUCUGUUUUUGGCUUUGAUGUUAUCUAAUUAUGUUUGUUCUCCGAUAGAGUGCCUGUAUGCAGGAAUGAUUAUUCACAAAGUCGUGUUUCAAUAAUCUUUAUCCAAUGCUGGAAUUACAUAAGUUCACUUUUUCA